AUGGGGGCCAAGGAGGGAACGGGGUCUCGAGGGGACUCAGCUCCUAUAGCUAGUAAUAGUCACCUGUAUUACUCGCAUAAUUUAUCACCGUUCAGACUUCAUGGUAACUACGGCGUGACCGACAUUACGACUUAUGUACCACCUCUUACGCUACAGGAAUUGAAGAAGCGCCCCAUUCCCUUCGCCAUCCUCCUGAACAAAAGCAAAUCACACAAAGCUCCUGGGUCAGCUGUUGGACCCCAUCGCCAGCUGAUCGCCUCGCCUCGGGGUCCUUCGCGCCGAGAAAAGUCCCUCUGCUUCGGUACCGGCACCUCCAAAUACUCUUCCUCGGCGACUGCUCAGCGCGCAGACGCCGGCUGUUUCCGCACGCAACUCUCUGGUGAUCCUGACAGUGUCUGCCAACCCCACACUAGACACACACUCAUGGAUCUAAAGCCUGUGUGGAUACUCUUAGUCUUGGGUGCGUCGGCUGCCUCAAGGACGUCUAGCCAGGCCAGGGGGAAAGGAAUCGAUUCUCCUGCAGAAGGAUGGGAUCUGGCAACCUUCUUGAAUAACUACGUGCAACUGCAGGGUUUUAACAGCGUGCACUUCUUGCGUGACAGCAACGGUUUGAACCGCGAGAUUCGAUCCUUGAAUCUGAAACACUUUCCCCGGUUCGAACUGCUCGAAAACCGUGGUCGGAAUAGACUGUACACAAGUGAGCCAAAGUCCGCGUACAUUCGCCAUAUAUCAUAUUCUUACGUACGUCGCCGAGAGAUGGUGCAGUAUUCGUCAUGUCUAAAGUACAAGAGACUGAGCACCAGCGUCCCGUGGGAACAAUGGUGGUCCUUCGGCUACCGCCACUUCCUUCGGGCGCAGAAGGAGGCUUACGUCGCUCUCAGUUCCCUGGCCGACGUAUCCCAGGUGGUCGACCGACAACUCCAGCCGAGUGGGGAGAGUCACAGCGAGAAUGUCAUUGUCAUUUUUGCCCGCCUGUUUACCGACAGCGACUUCCAGAUUCUGAGCGCGGUACUGAAUGAGAAACGUUUCCAGUCCCUUCACUGGUUGUUCCUGUGCCUUGCCCCUUGUUGGCCCAGACUCGGUUACGUCGGGUUCCCUCUUGACAACAUGGCUGUCGUGGCCGAGGUCUCCAGCCUGCGUCCGGGCGCGGAGGUCGCCUUCUGGGACGUGUACCAGCCGGCGCCUCACCUGCCGCAGCGAGCGUCUGUUGUGAGUCGCUGGCUCCUCCGUGACCUCCUUUGCCCCGACUGCCCAGGGAACGCGACGUCCGCAGCCGGUCUGCCGGGGCGGGAGGAGGAAGGCGACGGGGGCGGCGGCGUCGCUUUGGGCUUCCCGCGGGAGCCGUGGGCGAGGAGGACCAACCUCACGGGGCUCGUGGUCAGGUGCACCGCCCUGCCGACAGUUGACAUUAUUCGCAAAUUCCACACAUUAUCCUGCUUGCGAACCUUUUCGGCGCUCCUCACACCUACCUGCAGGACACCCCGACGGCGCGUCAAGAUCUCAGGCAUCUACGGCGAGCUGUGGGACGCCCUGAGAGACAUUCUGAAUUUCACACAGCGGUGCACGCGACCUCCUGACGGCGGCUGGGGCGCCCUUCGCAACGGCUCCUGGACGGGGAUGAUCGGGGAACUGGUGAAGGGCGAGGCGGACGUCGCGGUGGCGCCCUUGGACAAGACGUACAUUCGCUCCCUCGUGGUUGACUACCCACAUCCUCUGUCGCUGGAAGGGUACGUGAUAGUCAUCAAGCGGCCCCAGGGAUCCAGCAGCACGUGGAACAGCUACCUCAGGGAGUUCCAGCCCUCGUCGUGGCUCGUCCUGUGCGCGGUGUUGGCGGCGCUGACCGUGGUCCUGACCUUCCUUGGGAGACUUUCGCCCGACGAGACCGCCAUGUCUGCGGGGGAUGCGGUCCUGGUCACCAUCGCCGCCUUGAGCCAGACUGGUUAUAUACUAGAAAAUUUGUGA